CUGCCUGCUCUUCCGCCGGGUUGUCAGGGUUCGCUGGCCGCUGCGCUGAGGCGGGGUCUUGUGCCUCGUCGCCUGUUAGGGGGCGGCCGCCAGGAAACCGAAAACAUGAAGGUGAUGGUCCGGGCUGUACUGCUCGUGCUCUUGUCCACCCCUUUUCUGGCGGCCAUGGAGCCCAUCAGUAUGGGCAUCGCAGUCGGCGUGGCCACCGCUCUGACCGGCCUCUUAACCACCUUCCCCAAACUGUACUGCAAGUUCCAGGAGUGUUGUGAGGACGAGUGGGUGAAACUCAACCUGACAGGUUUGAAGAUGGACUUGGAUAACAAACUAUUUGGACAACAUAUUGCCAAGCAAGCUGUUUUGAAGGCUGUUAAUGGUUUCAUCACAAAUCCAAACCCUAAAAAACCUCUAGCUUUGUCUCUACAUGGCUGGACCGGGACAGGCAAAAACCUAAUUAGUAAAAUAAUAGCUGAGAACAUUUACACGAAUGGACUGCAGAGUGCAUAUGUUCAUCAGUUUAUCUCUACUUUGCACUUCCCUCACCCUGAAUAUCUCAGCCACUAUAAGGAGCAGCUGCAGAAAUGGAUCCGUGGUAAUGUGUCCACGUGUGACAGGUCCAUGUUCAUUUUUGAUGAAAUGGACAAGAUGCAAGCAGGCCUUAUUGAUGCCAUUAAGCCUUAUUUGGAGUACUAUGAUAACAUUGAUGGAGUGGUGUACCGGAAGGCGAUUUUCAUUUUUCUGAGCAAUGCCGGUGGAGAGAGGAUUACUGAGAUUGCACUGGACUUUUGGCACAGAGGAAGCAAAAGGGAGGAAAUUCAAUUGAAAGAUCUUGACAGUAAACUGUCUAUCGGAGUCUUCAAUAACAAAAACAGUGGAUUCUGGCACACCAGCCUCAUUGAUAGAAACGUGAUUGACUACUUUAUCCCAUUCCUUCCUCUGGAAUAUAAACAUGUCAAGUUGUGUGUCAAGGAUGAACUGGUAGCCAGGGGUUAUCAGGCGGAUGAGGAAAUUAUUACUGCUGUAGCUGAUGAAAUGACAUACUUCCCAGAAAAUGAAAAGAUCUAUUCAGACAAAGGCUGCAAAACCGUAGCCACCAAGGUGGAUUUUUACUUGUAGAAUGUGUGUUUUUUUAAUUGAAUAUAUUUUGCUUUUCGACACUGGACACUUUUUUAAUAAAAAAAAUAAAAUUAAUGGGG